GCCGGUCCUCCGGGCGCUGCCCCGCGGGGCCCAGGCCGUGCCGAGCCCCCGCCCUCCCUCGCCCUGCCCUCCGUCGCCCGCCGCCCAGAGCCAGAGGGAUGGUGGUAGUCACGGGGCAGGAGCCAGCCAGCGGACGCCCGGACGAUGCCAUGUCCAGCUCGGACGCCGAAGAUGACUUCCAGGAGCCCGCCACCCCGACGGCCACGCAGGCCGAGGACGCCCUGCCCCUGCUGCCCCAGCAGUUCCCCGAAGUGGUUCCGCUGAACAUCGGGGGGACGAUCUUCGCCACCCGCCUGUCCACCCUCCGGCGCUACGAGGACACCAUGCUGGCGGCCAUGUUCAGCGGACGGCACUACAUCCCCACGGACGCCGAGGGCCGUUACUUCAUCGACCGCGACGGGACCUUCUUCGGGGACGUGCUGAACUUCCUGCGGUCCGGAGACCUGCCGGCUCGGGGCCGGGUGCAGGCGGUCUACAGGGAGGCCCAGUACUACGCCAUCGGGCCCCUGCUGGAGCAGUUGGAGGAGGUGCAACCGCUUAAGGGUGAGAAGGUGCGGCAGGCCUUCCUGGGCCUCAUGCCCUACUACAAAGACCACCUGGAGCGGAUCGUGGAGAUCGCCGAGCUGCGGGCGGUGCAGAGGAAGGCGCGCUUCGCCAAGCUGAAGGUGUGCGUCUUCAAGGAGGAGAUGCCCGUCACGCCCUACGAGUGCCCCCUCCUCAACUCGCUGCGCUUCGAGCGGAGCGAGAGCGACGGGCAGCUCUUCGAGCACCGCUGCGAGGUGGACGUGUCCUUCGGGCCGUGGGAGGCCGUGGCCGACGUGUACGACCUGCUCCACUGCCUGGUCACGGACCUGGCGGCCCGGGGCCUGACCGUCGACCACCAGUGCAUCGGCGUGUGCGACAAGCACCUGGUCAACCACUACUACUGCAAACGCCCCAUCUACGAGUUCAAGAUCACGUGGUGGUGAGCGCCACCCGCGGGACUCGGACGGACGGCGGGGUGGCUCUCCCGGCCCGCGGAGGUGGCCGACCCCGGGCAGAGAGCCGGGAGCCCCGUCUCGGUCGGCCGCUUCAGUGAGGGGCGGCCCGUGGCACCGGGGUGGGGGGAGACCGCGGCCCCGUCUGCAUCCUGAGCCUCGGCCGGGCCCCGGCCCCAUCUUGCCCUGCGUCCGGCGGUUCCCGCGGCUCGCAGUGCCAGCGGGGGCCCUGGGUUCGAUGGCUGCUCUCCUAGAAUUCCCCCUGAGCCCAUCUUUCACCCCGAUGCAUGGGUCUCAGGGACGCCAUGUUACCAACCCCACGGGAGGCCUCUUCCCCAGCAGGGCCUCCCGCCCUUCUGUCCGUCCGGUUUGGGGGGGGUCCGGCAGGGUCCGCCGAGGGCAGCCUGGGGCAAAGACAGCGGUUCUGUUCCCCCCUGCGGGGGGUGCUGCCCUCCUCUCCCACUCGAGGCCUGCCCUGUCCCCUCACCCCUGCCCCGGGUCAACCAGAGCCUCCGAAUCCCUGCCACUGUUUCGGGCACCCGGCCAAAGCUGGACCCUGGGGACGAAAAUCCAGCUCCAGACCCAGGGCGUCCCAUCGAGCUAACCCACUGACGGCUCCCCCGACAGCCCAUCCUGGGGGAGGGGCCUCUGACUCUCCGGGUGGAAAAAAGGGGCAGAGUGGGGACCCCCAGGACCACCCCCCCAGCCCCUCCUGGUCUCCGUGCUUGGUGAUAGCUGGAAGGAGCCGUGAGCCUCCGUGAACCGGAGCUCUCGGGACGGCUCCGCUCUCCAGCUUCCAGGCUGCUCUCUCCCCUCUUCCCGCCCCCACCUAGCCUCACCUCCAGACCCCCACCAGCAAGGGCAGAAUGCAGGAGGCCCGGAGAAAGGGCUUGGAAGGUCAGAGCUAGAGUUCCCCUGGACGGUCUGCCACCCUCUGCUUCCCUCUCUGGCCCUCCCACCCAGCCUCCCUCGGGCCUAGACGGUCGCUCGGUUCUGGCCCUUUCACCGCCUCCUGCCAGGGGUCCCGUCAGGCGCCUGUGUUCAGCUUAGAGGGGUGGAAAGGGGCUCCAGAGAGAGACCCCAGAGGGGGAAAGCUGCUCUGUAGAGUUCUUGGCCCCCUCCACCGUUUCUCCCUCCCCGGAAGCCUGGGAGAAGUUCUCUCCAAAACGUGGGUAGAGUCGGGGCCCCCUUCCCCCCCCCCCAUCUCCAUCAAAACAUCUGUCGCUGUUAUUUCUUGCAGGGUCUCCUUUCCUCCUUGCCUAACUAAAUAACCGAACUAACCCAA